AUGGAAAAGAGUGAGAAAUUAAAGGAACUGAUUUUUCCUGAAGAAAAAGGGAGACAGAAAUUGUCACAUGACUGUGAUGUCUGUAAAAAGUCCUUCUCUCAAAAGGCUUACUUAAAUAAGCACAAACGUAUUCAUACGGGAGAGAGAAACCAUUCAUUCCUGCGACAUUUGUGGGCAGGGCAGAAACCAUUUGACUGUGACAUCUGUGGUAAAUCAUUCUCUCGAAAUUAUAACUUGACUGUACACAAACGAUCUCCAGGUUUCCGAGACAAACAACCAGUGCAGAUUUUUCGUUUGGUUAUUACUGAAAACAACCUGAUUGCAAUAUACGACAGGAAAAAAAAACACAUUAAGAAUUCACAUUUGAUGGUCAUCUCUUGGAUUCUAUCAAACUGA